UCUCAGGGGAGCUUGCCGCGACCAUUCUCCAUCCACACCUCUUCCCUCUUUCACCUUGUCUCUCCUUUAGACUGACCCUUUGUCAGAAACAAUUAGGCAGGGGGAAGUCUAGAGAGUGCCGGACAUGAUGGAGACGACAACACAUAGAAUGCGGCGGGUCGUCGAUCGACGCGCCAUCGCAAACGGGACAAAAGUGACACUCCAGAGGGCCUUUAAUGGCGGGCAGCUCACCUACACUGCUCCGAUCGACGUCGAGGGCCAGACAGUCAACGUUCAGGUCGACACUGGCAGCUCAGAUUUGUGGCUCGCCUCUAAAGAGUGCAAGACGGACUCAUGCAGAGGCAAGGAGGGAAACAAGGUCUACCUCUUUGACGACAGCAAGUCUGCCGAAACAGGUAAAGACUUUUCCAUCUUCUAUCUUUCGGGAAGCGCGAGCGGCCCGGUCGUAACAUCGCCCGUGACCUUUGGCGGUACCCAAGUGGCCUCGCAAGCGUACGCGGCUGCAGACCAGGUCGACUCGCAGCAAUUGACCAACAUGAACGCAACGGGUAUCCUUGGUCUGGCACUACCGGCCAACAGUGUCAUCCAGCAGGACAUGUUUGUGGGACAAAAGAACCCAAACAACACCAUCGACGACGCGACCAAGACGGGCUCGCUUCUCACAGGCCUCUGGCAGGGCGCCGCUUCGGGCUCGAGGUACUUUGGCGUCGGGCUCAAGAGGCUGCCCUCCGAUGGCGGCAACGGUGACUCGACGCUGACGUUUGGAGGCGUCGAUACGGCAUUUGUGCCUGCCCUCGAGUCGAUGAAGUGGUCCAGCGCCGUGGCCGACUCGGACGAGGUGACGCGGAAAUGGAAGCUGUACGUUAGCGACCUCGUCGUCACCGUCAACGGGACACAGGUCCAGAUUCCGCUCUCGAGCACGGGCGCUCAGAUUCCUCUAGCUAUCCUCGAUACGGGAGCACCUCUCAACUAUGCCUCGAGUGAAUUCCUCAACGCCAUGUACGGUGCAUGGAACGUGGGUCCGGCAGGCGACGGCAGCGGAGGCUACUAUGUCGACUGCAAGCUGCAGAUGGAGAUCUCCAUCCUCGUCGGUAGCGCCAUCAUCCCCAUCCAUCCCCUCGACGCAAACCUGAAGCAGAGCAGCACCUCGGGCGCGGUGGCCUCCAAUGCCGACGGCUGCAUCGGCGCCUUUCAACCAUUCAACAGUGCAGGCAACCAGAGCGACCUGCCCGCUGAGUUUGUGCUAGGCGCGCCCUUUCUGCGGAGCGUCUACAGCGCAUACAGCUGCGAUGCCAUCCUCGACAACCCAGUGCCUGGUUCUCAGGGUGGAUGCGUGCGCCCCACCGUGGGCCUGUAUCCCCUCUACAAUACCACCGACACCUACAACCAGGCCCUGUCCGACUUUCAAAAAGUCCGCAUUCAAGGACAGAAGCUGGGCGACAAUUCACAGAUCGCGGGCGCCGACGACGGUCCCACGGGCGGCUUUGGCACGGGCGCAAAGAUUGCCGUCGGUGUCGUUGUGGGACUCGUGGGCAUCGUCGCUAUCAUGGUUUUUCUGUUGCUCAUUCUCAAGCGGAGGCGCGCUCGCGAGGAGCAUCUCCACGGCUUGGACGGCGGUGUCGGUGAUCAAGAGGAAAAGGACGAUCUCGUUCAUGCCCGUGGGGGUUCGACCCUCGUUGGACCGUAUGCCUCUGAGAAAGAGCGGCAGGAGGCAAGGCAGCUGGCCAUUUUGCACGGUCACUUCGUCGAGGAUGACGUCGACCCGGCAUCGCUGACCCCAAACAAUGCAGGCGGGCAGAGCACCACGGCAUCGACGUCGCAGGCAUGGGAUGUCGACUCGGCUGGCUAUUGGGAAGCCAACGCGAUCCGCAACCAAUACCGUAAAAAGCAGCAGCAGCAUCAAGACGGCCGGCGCAGCCUGGCCACCCAUGGCAGCCAGGCCGAUACGCACUUUUCCUCUGAAGAACACGAGCUUUCUGAAUCUCCUUCAUCGGCCCUGCGAUGACCGUCACACCCUCUUUCUUUCUCUUUGCUGUAUCCGCACUUGUUCUUGUACCAGUACAUCUCUCUCACCCACGGACUUGCUUGCACCGAUGGACGCCGCCCUGGCUUCUUUUUGUCAGCUUCAGCACUAUAUCUGUAUUUUUUUCAUUUCUUGCUUUAAUUAUCCUGUCCUGCC